UAGUAAAUUGUUACUUCUUAAGAACUAUAAUUCAAGUGUGUUUUUCAAGGGAUUGAACAUGCUCACUUACUUGCCCAAUUUUGAUGGACUCACGCGUUCAAUUCUGCGUGAUACAAUCCGUCGGAUCUAUAAAAUUCGUCACUUGGCUGGUAAGGAAAAUGAAGAUUAUACCUUACAAUCGACUGGGGACCCCUUUAGAGACUUAUUAAAUACCUUUAUUAACUUAGUAGUUCGUACCAAGAACGAUAUAAAUGAGCGUAAUCAGGGUUGCCGCGAUCAUGGUGAUGACUACAUGACUAUUGAGCUGUCAAAUAGAAUUCGUAAAGAUAUUUUUCGUAUGGAAGAUAUUCUAGCAGAAAUAAAGCAGCUAGUUGAUGAGGCUGAAAGGUUACUUAUCAAGGAAAAGAAGAAGAAUCGAAAAAAAGGGAAGGUGGACCUUUUGGAGCGAAGUCUUAAAGAGAAACACCAGGAGUACAACGAUUGCUUAGCAACUCUACAUGUAGUCCGUGAAAUGAAUUCGGAGAGGGUGGAAGCGGGCCGAGGCGGCAUCAACGCAAUUAAGGAAACUGAUUUUGGAAAAAGGAUGGAAUUGAGACAGAAACUCUUGGGGAUGCACUGGAAUAAAUCGGAGCCGAACGGAAAUGUUAUGAAUAGAUUUAUAGAUCCCACAGUGGGUGGUGGGAAGCUUGAGGAGAGCGAGGAAACCAAGGAACAAAUGAAAAUCAUAGCUGAAGAGGAGGCCAAGAUCAAUGCUGGUUUAGAUCGUCUGAGGGAGGGUGCUAGUAGGCUUCACAAUCUCGCAAUGGAAAUUGGUGGUCAAUUGAGUACACAAAAUGAGAUUCUUUUGAACACUGAGGAAAACAUUGUGAAGCAACAGCAAAGAAUACGUGGCUUAACCGGACGAAUGAAAAAGAUGCUACACACACAAAAGCCAAUGAACUGUUGCGUAAAUAUAUGCAUUUUCUUUCUUAUCAUUAGUGUGCUGGGUUUUAUCCUAAUCAAAAUUAAUCUGGCUUAAGAUGCUCGAGUGAAUUUUGUUUCAAAAAGCAUUGACGAUAAAUAAAGCCUAACUUUAUUACAUUUCUUGCGUAUUUACUUGCUGCUUCAUAAUUAGAAGAAAAAA